AUGGUCAUGAAGCGGACUAGAAUUACUGUUUUGUUUGACAGUUUGCAGGAUUUAGAGAAAAUUACGCCUGAUUCGCAGCAUGGCCAGGAAGGAAAUAACUCAGAAAGCAUCGAAAUUAUAGGUACUGGACAGCAGAUCCAACACAGAACCACCUUAGAUCAUUCCAGUAAGUUUCAGCAUGUGCGGAUUACUUGGAAGAGCUCUAAAAGUUUCGAUAGCAUCCUGAAGGCACCGUUGAUGGAAGGGCUCAACAUAUACGUCGUCACUGGCGAACCUUAUAUGCAUAUCAAUGGAGCUAUAAAAUCCGCCAAAUACCAGCUUUUGCACUCUGAUUUCCUUGACAAAGAGCUUCUGCGCAGGUUCUUACCCCCUGAGGUGCUCGACGUUAGCUCGGUAGACUGGACAUCAAAAGACUACGAUAUAUCACUUGAUCGCGAGAAACAAAAGGCGCAGGUGGACAAGUACUACAAACUAGAGACCGAUCAAACUCAAAACAUAACUUUUACCGAUACUUUUGGCAAGCUCGAAGUCGGCCUUUUCUUCCCAGAAUUUCAUGACACUGUCGACGUCCAUUUGAAUGGUGCACGGUGCACUUGGAAUCGUGACGGCGCGAUUGAACAUUGCCAAAAGACAUAUUUGUUUUACCAACGAGCUCACGCUGCUGCAUUAGAAGGUCGCGGUGUACCUGUGGACCUACUGGAGCCGGUAGGCCUGCACCCAACCCUCUCCGUAGAUUUACGCGAUCAGCUACCGUCAGACAAUUGCGCAUAUUACAUGUACCUAAUGACACCAGCAGACAUUUUUAUCGAUAAGUUCCAAUCUUCGCCCAUUUUUCUCGCAGGCGCUUCAGACCUAGAGGCCCCUGAAUACUCAGUUCGGGGAAAUAGCUGGGGUAUGGAAACUUUACUAGCGCUAACACCAGGAGAUCUAAAUGAGGUAAAGUUACACUCUCGUUAUAUUCAACCUCAAGCAUCUGGAGGAUAUAAGUCUAUCAAAGCUGUACCUAAGGUCUUUCAAGCUUGUGACUCGGAUCACGACAACAUCCAUGAAAAUCCCUUCUACACGAAGUCAUUGGGGUUUGAUUCGCUGUUCACUAAUAACACCUCCUUCAACCAUCUCAACAGUUCGACUGUAAGCAUCCGAAUUCCGGCUGUGGACAUCAAUGCAUACAACCUUGUUCAAGUCACCACUUGGACAUGCUUAAUCCUCUCCGCUUUUUAUAUUUUGAUAAAAGUAUUCAGAAAAUAA